UACAUAAAGGGACGUGGAGGCCAAGAGGCCACAGAGCUGACAGUACAGGGCUCGGAGCACCGGGUCCCCCAGGCAGGCACCAUGAGUUUGUCCCUGAAUCCGCGGAGUUUAAUUCUCUGCUUCUACACUCUAUUAUCACUCUCUGCAACAUGCCUGGCAUAUGUGGCUACCAGAGACAACUGCUGCAUCUUAGAUGAAAGAUUUGGUAGUUACUGCCCGACUAUGUGUGGCAUUGCAGAUUUCCUGUCUUCUUACCAAACCGGUGUAGAUAAGGAUUUGCAGUCUUUGGAAGACAUCUUACGCCAAGCUGAAAACAAAACAUCAGAAGCCAAAGAACUGAUCAAAUCAAUCCAAAUCAUCUAUCCUGCCGAACCAUCACAACAAAGUGUGAUACAAGGUGCUACUCAGAAGUCCAAGAAAAUGUUAGAAGAAAUUGUGAAAUAUGAAGCAUUGAUUUUAACCCAUGAAUCAAGUAUUCGAUUUUUGCUGGACAUAUAUAAUUCAAAUAAUCAAAAGAUUGUUAACCUCAAGGAGAAGGUAACCCAGCUUGAAGCAAAGUGUCAGGAAUCUUGCAAAGACACAGUGCAAAUAUAUGAUAUUACUGGGAAAGAUUGUCAAGACAUUGCAAACAAGGGAGCCAAAGUGAGUGGGCUUUACUUUAUCAAGCCUCUGAAAGCUAAGCAGCAGUUCCUAGUUUACUGUGAAAUUGAUGCAUCUGGAAAUGGGUGGACUGUGCUUCAGAAGAGACUUGAUGGCAGUGUGGAUUUCAAGAGAAAUUGGAUUCAAUAUAAAGAAGGGUUUGGACAUCUGUCUCCUACUGGCACCACAGAGUUUUGGCUGGGAAAUGAGAAGAUUCAUUUGAUCAGUACACAGUCUACAAUUCCAUAUACGUUAAGAGUACAAUUAGAGGACUGGAAUGGCAGAACCAGUACUGCAGACUAUGCCAUGUUCAAGGUGGGGCCUGAAACUGACAAAUAUCGCCUGACGUAUGCAUACUUCAUUAGUGGAGAUGCUGGAGAUGCCUUUGAUGGCUAUGAUUUUGGUGAUGAUCCUAGUGACAAGUUUUUUACAUCCCACAACGGCAUGCAGUUCAGUACCUGGGACAACGACAAUGAUAAGUUUGAAGGCAACUGUGCUGAACAGGAUGGAUCUGGUUGGUGGAUGAACAAGUGCCAUGCUGCCCACCUCAAUGGAGUUUAUUACCAAGGUGGCAUUUACUCAAAAGCAUCUACUCCUAAUGCUUAUGAUAAUGGCAUUAUUUGGGCCACCUGGAAAUCCCGAUGGUAUUCCAUGAAGAAAACCACCAUGAAGAUAAUCCCAUUCAACAGACUCUCCAUUGGAGACGGACAGCAACAUCAUCUGGGGGGAGCCAAACAGGCUGGAGACACUUAAAAGACCAUUUCAAACGUGAUUUGCUUUUUUAAAGGACUUUAUCUGAACAGAGAAAUAGAUACUUUUUCCUAUGGGACAAUCAACUUGCAAAGCUUCAUUUCAUUUUAAGAGUAAAAGAACACGUGUUGAAAACUCCACUCACAGUUUUAUGCUGAUAAUAAUUUAUCUACAUGCCAUUUCAAUAAAUAUUUUGUUUCCUAAGACCAGA